AUGGCAGAAAUAAAACAAGCCUGUUAUGAUGGUACGGGAGAUGUAGAUUUGUGGCUUAUGAAAAUGAAGUUCUAUUGUUCUACAAAGAAAUUUGAAGGGAAACAAGAAGCUCACGCCAUAGCGAGUAAACUCGAGGGGGCGGCGUUUCUAUGUAUUGCGAGAUUAGACGAUGAACUUCAAGAUGACCCAAAAGAAGUUAAAGCCGCUUUAAGGAAGGAAUUCGACAAAGAAUCGAUCGACCAUGAGAAAGCUGUCGACCAAUUACGAGGUUUAAGGCGAAAAGGCGGUGAAACACCAGCACAGUUAGCGUGGAGAAUCGAAAAGUUGAUGGCGAAGGCUUACCCGGAGUUAUGCGCGUCAACACACGGAUCGGCAAAGAAAACAAAAGAACAAAUGUUACAUGAUACCUUUUUGGGAGCUAUUGACAAUGCAAUGAGUCAAAAAAUAAAGAGCGACAGUAAACAUCGAGAUUUAAAUUUAACACAACUUUCUGAAGAAUUAGAUCGGCUCGAGCUAAUUUAUAAAACAACAGCGCCAAAAGUAAACCUCGAAGUAAACAAUUUCAAAACGACAGGGGAAGCAGACGAAAUAUCGUUAAGAAAGAUAAUCAGAGAAGAGGUAGCAGCCGCCCUAUCCAAAGAAAACGAUGGAAGUCGGGAAACGGAGGACGAAACAAAACGUACGGUCGGGUUCGUUGGAAAGAGAAAUUUCCCGCCAAAACCUAGGAAAUUUCCCGCCAAAACCGGUAAAAAUCAAGCGUGUUUCCACUGCCAGUCGCCUGAACAUUUUCGGAGAGACUGUCCAUUUAAAGAUCUUUGUCAACGCUGCUGGCAAAAGGGCCAUACAGCACCAUCUUGCCAUGCUACAAGCCCUCGCCCUUCGCCGUCUUUAAACUCCAAGGCGGCUGGGAACAAUCGUCAGCAAAAAUAA